AUGGCUCAUCGGUCUCUGAGCGUCACCGAACAGCUCCAGAAAUGGAUCUAUGACGCCUUCGUAGCGCUCGGUUUCGUCUUGUAUCGCUUCGUGUAUGCACGAGACACAGAGAAUAAGGGGAAGCUCCCGCCCAUCGGCAACCCGCUCCUGACGGUGUCAGCGACGCAACUCGCCGGGAGGAUCCGAAGACGAGAGGUGUCUAGUGUGGAGGUGGUGCAGGCAUACAUUGACCGGAUCCAGCAAGUCAACCCCUUAGUGAACGCUGUGGUCAAAGACAGGUUCUCCGCCGCCCUCCAAGAAGCGGCGCAGGUCGAUAAACUAAUUGAGGAGGAACCAGGAGGCGAGGAAGUACUGGCGGAUCGGCUGCCUUUACUAGGCGUGCCCCUCUCGGUCAAAGAGUCCUUUGGCCUUCAGGGCAUGCCCAACACCACUGGUAUAGUGUCCAGACGAGGGGUGGUGGCCACGGCCGACGCGCCUCCCGUUGGCCUGCUGAAAAGGGCGGGGGCCAUCCCGCUGGGCGUCACCAACACCAGUGAGGGCUGCAUGUGGGCGGAGUCGCACAACCACCUGUACGGAAUCACCUGCAAUCCAUAUGAUCUGGAGAGGAUCCCUGGAGGGAGCUCGGGCGGGGAGGGUAGCUUGCUGGGCGCGGCCGGCGCCGUUAUAGGCGUGGGCUCGGACAUCGGCGGGAGCAUCCGCAUGCCGUGCUUUUUCAACGGAGUGUUCGGCCAUAAAACCACCCCAGGCGUGGUUUCCAAUGAAAACCAGUUCCCCCCGUUCACCGGCAGACACGAGGAGUACGCCAGCGCGGGUCCAAUGUGCCGCUAUGCCGAGGACCUGCUUCCCAUGUUGAAAAUCAUGGCGGGACCAAACGCGUCUAUGUUGCGCCUCAAUGACGAGGUGGAGCUCAAGAAGCUGCGGUUCUUCACUGUACCAGACGACGGCGGAUCUCCUCUGACGUCCCCUGUUAGUGAGGAGCUCAGACAAAUCCAGAGGAAGGUUGUGGAGCGACUCCAAGCGGAUCUAGGGGUGUCGGUCCAAGAGGUGCGCUUCCCCGAGUUCCGGUAUGGCUUCCGAAUCUGGGACGCCUACAUGAGUCUUCCGGACAAAGAGGGCAAGCCUCCGGUUCCGUUCGCCGUGGAGUUGGGAAAGCCGGGCCGGCCGGUGUGGCCCUUGUGGGAGGCGUUGAAAAGCAUGCUGGGAAAAUCCGACCAUACCGUCGCCGCCAUCAGUCUAGCCAUCAUGGAGAUGAAGUCGGCUUCCGGUCAUUCCAGCUUCCUCAUCAAGAUGAAGGAAAAACUCCAGAAGGAUGUGGACGAUCUGCUGGGUACCGACGGGGUGCUUUUUUACCCGUCGCAUCCUAGGGUAGCCCCCAAGCACCACCACCUGCUUUUUAGACCCCUGGACUUCGCCUACACUGGGAUCUUGAACGUUCUGGGUUUGCCGGUCACCCAGUGUCCUUUGGGGCUAAACAAGGACGGUCUUCCCAUGGGGGUGCAGGUGGUGAGCGGGAAGCUUCAGGACCGGUUGCCCCUCGCCGUGGCGCUGUACUUGGAGAAGGCUUUCGGAGGCUGGAGGGAACCUCACGCCAGCUGA